GACUGCGGCACGCCCGCGACGAGCCGUUCCAGGCUCCUAUCUAGGCUUCGGCGGGCCCGGGGAUUCGGUGGCCUUAACCCUUCCACUGCCUCCUGGGCCGAGCCGGGGAAGGCAGCCGGUCCCUCCGCGGCGAGAAGCUGCGGAGCCGCGACCACCCAGCCAGGGGACAAGGGUCGCUGGGGCGCGGCUGCGCGAGGCCCGGGGCGCGUCACUUCCGCUUCCGGUUGGCGCUCGGGCCCGGGUCCCGAGGGACGGCGAACAGCCUGAGGCGGGCGGCCGGGGUAGGUGGGACGCCUGCUCUCUGAGGGCCUGCGAUUCCGGGCCUUCGAGGCUUCGCUGGCCGAUCCCGUCUCCGAGUGGCGCUGGCGGUCAGCUUCGCUCCUCGGAGCCGGGCCGGCGGCUUCGCGUUAGAGCCCGAGAAGGAGGAAGGCGGCCACCCCCGCGGCCCAGCGGUCAGCAGGUAACCAGGAAGCGGCCUUCCCUCUGGAGUCGGCUCCACAGGCCCCUGAGGAACGCCGGCUGCCGCUUUGGGCUGCUGUGUGACGGGCCGGGGGUGGAGGAGAGGCAGCCGUUUUCCGUAGGCGGCGGCGGCGGCGGCGGUGUUUCCAGGUAGGGCGGCCCGGGCCUGGGGCGGAGCCGCCGCCGGGCUCCGGAAUCCACUUGUCGCCGAUAAUAUAACCCGCGGCCGGGGUGGAAGUGCACGCGGAGGCUGCCCGCGUGGCGCUGCUCAUGGACACGCCUGUCGUGGGUCCAGAGGCUGAAGCGAGUCCGAGGUGGGGGCGCAGUCAGGCCUGUCGCUGCCCUUAGAGAACUUUCCCGGUUCUGCUGACGUUUUCUCCGCAGGUUGGUGCUGCCACGUGUAACGGGUCGGUUCAGCUUAGGUGAGAUCAGCCUUUUCUGGUGCAAAAACAUGGGGCGGUAGCAUCCCUGUGCCUCCGGAGCCAGGGUGGGCAGCAAGGGGCCAGCCAUUUCUUUGAAUACCCGUGGCAUCCUGCACAAAAUAUCGGUGCCAUUUCUGCUGGGUCACCUCUGGGAAAGUAGGGCCCACGAUGCUCCGCCUUGCCGAGAGGUUUAAAUGACUCUCAGAAAAUGUAAAGGCAGCAGAAGGGUCACAUUGUCUGAACAUCCGUAAGCAUCACCAACUCCCUUCUCUCUUUUUAAAACCACCUGAUAUUUGAAUAUCUUGUUUACAAAAGCCAGCUGUUAAGUUUUUCCCAGCUCAGGUAAACAAAAAUAUCUGCACAGUGCCCUUUCUAAAUCUUACAAAGUUUCAAAGAAUGAUGAAAAUUUAGUCUACUUUUAUUCUAAUUUUUUUCUAUUCUGAUCUCACUAUUCCAGCUCUUCUGCUAGCAGUAAUACAAUGGAAAGGAGACAGACUAUCAGAUGUUCCACAAAGGGAAGGCUUCCAUCUUCACAAGAAGAUAAAGGGUGGUAGAAGUUGUUUCCUCACUUGACUAAAGACAAAAGAUUGGGAUGAUCUGUUAAAAUUUAAGAGAAACUCAGAAUUUUUUCCUAAUCUUAUUUCCUCCUAAUUUUCCCAUGGCAUAGAAGAUGAAAUAGGAAGUUCACUAAUCUUUGGAUAAUCCCAAAGCUCCUUUGAGCCAGUGGGUGCCAAUUUUCUUACCCACCAACUUUUCUGCAAACUGUUAAAAAAACAAAAAAAAAGGCAGAGUUGUUGAUUGGCAUUUAUCUUCACCAUGCUAUGUUUCAGAGUUGAAUAACAAAGAAAAGGAGAGAAAUGUAGGUCCUGAAGUAAUCUAUUGACUCAAGUUUCCUAAUAUUUGGCAGUUGAUUUUUAAGGGGGGAAGGAGAUAGGACCUUAUCUGUUCAUUUUUCUCUCAUGAUAUGUAGCAAGAAAUAAGAUUCCUGUGACUUUCUUGUUGAUAUAUAUAUAUAUUUUUCUGCCGUCAGUGCCUUUAGGAAGAAGAUCCUCUUACUGAUUUUCUACCAGAUGGGACAGGGCCUCAGUUGUCAAAAGUGCAGCCAGGAGAGUGUUGCAUAUAGGAGUAAACCUGUUCCUAGGGUCGAAUGAUGACGGUAGACCUGAAGAUGGCUGCAUACUUGAGCCCUCAGAUCAGGGUUCUGUGGGAGACCAAGGGGUCUGUGACAGACAACUCCAGUCACAGUAGGAAACCUGCCCUACAAAUGGACAGUCUCAGUCGCGAGAGUUCUCGUCGGCACUUUCGGGACUUCCACUAUUGUGAAGCAGCUGGACCUCUCGAGGCUGUGAGUCAACUUCAGGAAUUAUGCCAUCAAUGGCUGAGGCCAGAGAUCAGCUCAAAAAAGAAGAUCUUGGAAUUGCUGGUGCUAGAGCAGUUCCUGACCAUUUUGCCCAGGGAUACCCAGAUCCAGAUGCAAACGCACCUUCCACAGAGCAUCGAGGAGGCUGUGGCCCUGGUAGAACACUUGCAGAGGGAAUCUGCUCAAAUGAAGAAUGGGGUUGCAGUCCAUGAGCUGGGAGAGGAGACAGAGAUCUUGGGAGGAGCAACAGAGGUUCUGGGCUUCAAGCCAAAGUCACCAGAGCCCCAAGUGGGUGUGUCCCAGGAUGAAGAACUUUGGAGUACAAACCAGGGUCUACAAGAACGACUGAGCAAGAAUACUCAUAAAGAAACUGAUCCUGUAUAUGAAGGGGCUGUGCCUGCUGAACAGACUGUAGCCCUUCCUAAGCAGACAAGCACCAAAGACUGGACGAUGGCAUCUGAGCUCAUCUUGCCUGAGUCCCGGAGCUUGUUAACAUUUGAAGAGGUGGCCAUAUAUUUUUCCCAGGAAGAAUGGGAGUUGUUGGACCCCACUCAGAAGGCCCUCUACCAUGAUGUAAUGCAGGAAAACUAUGACACUGUCAUCUCUCUAGCAUUAUUUGUGCUCCCCAAACCUAAAGUGAUCUCCUGUCUAGAGCAAGGGGAAGAGCCGUGGAUCCAAGGACCCCAGGAGUUGAAGGACAGUCCCAGAGAGUCUCCUACAGGGUUAAAGCUGAAAAAUGACACUGGAAAUUACCAGCCUACAUCUCUUUCUACCUUAGAAUUACAUGAACCAAGAGACAUACCAUCAAAAAAGGUCAGAGUGAAAGUUCCUCAGAAAAUGGGCAAAGAAAAUCAUAGUAAUAUGCACAGGUUGGGGAAACGGCAUCGAGAUUUUCCAAUGAAGAAAAGAAAGAAACUUUCAACCUGGAAACAAGAGCUGUUGAAACUUAUGGAUCUUCACAAGAAAGACCAUGCAAGAGAGAAGCCUUUUAAAUGCUUACAAUGUGGGAAAAGCUUCAGAGUGAGUUCUGAUCUUAUUAAGCACCAGAGAAUACACACUGAAGAGAAACCCUAUAAAUGUCAACAGUGUGAUAAGAGGUUUAGAUGGAGUUCAGAUCUUAAUAAGCACUUAACCACACACCAAGGAAUAAAACCAUAUAAAUGCUCGUGGUGUGGGAAAAGCUUCAGCCAAAACACAAAUCUCCACACACAUCAAAGAACUCACACAGGAGAGAAGCCCUUUACAUGUCAUGAAUGUGGAAAAAAAUUCAGUCAGAACUCCCAUCUUAUUAAACACCGAAGAACCCACACAGGUGAGCAGCCUUAUACCUGUAGCACAUGCAAAAGGAACUUCAGCAGGCGGUCAAGUCUUCUUAGACAUCAGAAACUCCAUGGGUGAAGGCAAGCUUGUCAAGAAAUUGACCAGAUGGAGUGUGAUCUUCAAGUUGAUGAAUGAUGACAAAAUCAUGAAGCAGCCAGUUACAGGAAUUUGUCACCAGUGGAAAAUUUGAUGUUGGCAAACAUCAUAUUUCACAGAAGAAAUCUACCUUGAUUGUGCUGGAGGGAGCAACUGUGAUUGUACUGCUUAUUGCUUUUACUUACAACAAUCAGGGAAUUCUUUUGCAAGAGAGAUGUUAUAAGAAUAUUCUGAAUGUUUGGGGAUUGUAUCUGGAAAAUUAGCAAUUCAGCUUCAAAUAGCAAAUGGCAACCAUGAAUCAAUAGUCUUCUAUGGUCCCUGAGGUAAAUAUUGUUGGUUUUGCAGUGAUCUCCCCAGCCACUCUUAAACAUAUGAUAGAAAUGUUUGUAACAUGGUCUUCCAAAUCAAAAAGCAAUUAUCUGCAUGGUUAAUUAUAUACCACUAUCUUCAGAGUGGCAGGUUUACCAACCUUAAUAGUCUCGUGGGGCAGAAAUGUAUUCUAAUGGAAGGUUCUCUAAGAACUCAAUCAGAUUUUGUUUCUUUUGUCACUGGACCCUUUUCUCAAAGUUGAACAUCCUCUGAGUUCUUGCUUGAACUUUUUAGCAACUUUAGCUCUUGAAUCCUUUUAGCACAAUUUUUUUUUUGUGAUGGGAUCACAUUUACUGUUAGGGAAUCUGCUAGGUGAACUGAUAAUGUCCUAUCUUAUGCCUCUUGUUAGUGGUGUUUGGAAAGUGGAAAACGUCUCUAAUGAGAUGGAAAUGUGUUGGAAUUUGAAGCCAUGGGAUAUAUAUUAGAUGUAAAGAAUUUUCUGCAAUAAAAGAAACUAGACUAUUUCCUUUCCUUACAGUAUUAAUAGGAUAAAACAGCCAAAAGAAAUAGCAUUUGUCUAAGGCCUGAGAAAAAAUAAUGAGAGUUCAGAUCCACUCAUUGUCAAAUUUUGUUUGCUUUUUAAUUUGGUUUCUGUUUGUUAUUACUAAGAACAAAAGUUUGUAUGGUAACUGGGGUUUGUGUUCCACAGGCUUGUUCCUGGGGUUCAUUUGGCAUGGUGACCUGGGGAUCUAGUCAGCAGGAGGCAGUGUUCCUGAAAGGAAAAACUGGGAACUGAUACUGAGUGUUGGACAAGGAUGAGUGCACACAUGUCCAUGUUGUUUGUUUUACAUUGUCAGCUCUUAAGCGGGCAGGGUGUGCCUGUUCUCUGUUCUCUAGCAUAGCAUUUAAGAGCAGCCUUAGGUGAUAAAUUUGAUGGAUUGAUGAGAGUUUGUAUAGGCCUGUAGAUUUUCUUAUGAUUCACCUAUUUCUCUACAACAGUGACUCAGGGGUAUGUUCCUGCUGGAGUUUUGAGGUACAGUCUUAGGAAAGGGGUUUAAGAAAUUAGUUCUUCCAAAUCUCUUAUUUAUUAGAUGAGGAAGUUAAGGCUCAAAGAGGUACAAUGACUUGCCGAAGACCCCUCAGCUAGAGGGUGACAUUCCUUCUGUUGGCUGUCAGCCAGAAAGGCCUGAAGGCAGGAUUAGAGAACUAAUUUGUAUGUUAUUCCUGCAUAACCAGCCUAGAUAACACUGUAUUAAAUUUAUUUCUGGUUUAUAAAACAUUUGUUUCUUGAUCAUUGAAACACUAUUUCCUCAAUAAAAUAGAUACAGCACCUCCAGCUUCUGGGGUUAGAUGAACUGAUGAAUGAAAGCACCUAAAACACGGCCUCGACCAUAGUUGAUGCUGUUGAUAAGGGUUUCCCUUUUCCCCGGUGAUGUGUGGGGCUGCCUACCUUAAAGAAGCAGAUGGCUAUGGCAGCUUCAUUUAGGAGCUCAAUGCUUAUAGUGGUUAUGCUAAGUUAAUUUGGUUCUUGAUGGAGUAAGUCAAGACAGUCCCCAAAGCUAAGACUAGAAUUGUCAUCCUUAGUCACACUGUACAAUGCUUCUUUUUAUCCUGGCUGAUAGGUUCCUGUACAGAUUGCUCACAUCAAUUCUUCCCUUUUCUCUGAUAUAUUCCGAGCCAUAAGAUACGAGCCCCCAUUCAAUGGGAUUGGUCUGGAGGUCUCACUAGGGAUUCUAUUUUAAUCCCGAAGACAAACUACACCAAGUAUUAUCUCUUAAACACAGCCAGCUCUGCCGCUCUGGGCUAUAUAGCUCUUAACCAACACUCUCUUAGCCUUAGACCCCUGGUACUCUUGGUUCUUUUCCCAGGACCUGUAGGUUUCUUCCUAGCACUACAUUCAUUCAUUCAAUUUAAUGAGGGCCUACUGUAUUCAAGAUGCUUUUCUAGACAACCUGAGGAUGCAACUGUGAACAAGAGAGACAAAAUGUUUACCCUCGUGGAACUUGCAUUCUGUUGAACAGUAAAGGCGUGAAUGCCUGUGCUUUCCUGCACUUGCAGUUAGACAGGAUCACGAGAUAGUUUGGGGCAAUGAGUUCUGAGCAGAAGUGUCACUUCUGGCCUGAAGCAUUUAUUUCUUGGUGCAAAGACCAGUGCUCUCUGCCUCCGUGUGGAAGCACAUAAAGAGUGGAGCACGAGAUCAAAGCAGUUGGAAUGCUGAAUCACAGCAUGGAAGGAAGCUGUUCUGCUGAGCUCCCCAGACCUGUAAUGGACUUUGUAGGAAUAAGAAAUAAAAUACUGUUGUCUUAAA